AUGUUGUUGCAACCGUUGGUGAUGCACUUAAGCCACUUGCUUCGGCUUAUAGUUGGUCAAUACUUUUCUGGAUUUUCAUCCAUUCUGAUUGUCUACAACAAUUCCGGCUCUACAACUCCUCUUCAACUGGAUUAUUUAAGUGCUUUGCAAUUGGUUCUCCGGGAUUUGCGGCAGCCUAUUAGGCUUCAAUGGAUAAAUGUGGCACUAUUUAAGGAUCUAACGGCCCUGGAGGAUCAAGUUAUGGGUGCUCUAAAUAGCAGUGUCACAGAGGGAUUUAUAACCAUUUUGUCGCAGACUAACCACUUUCUUCACGCUCGAUAUUAUGCCACCCGCAAUGCUAAUGUGCGACUCAAGGAUAAGCGAUAUUUGUUCCUGUGCGAGGAUGAAAACCCUGCGGAAUUGCUGAGCAUGGAUAUACUGCAGUUCUACCCCCACCAUCUGAUGGUGCGACCUGGAACCGAAACGGAGGCAGGACAAGGACCGAACACAGGACCACCACCAGAAACCAGGAGCAAAGAAGGCGCAUCGGUAAACAUGGGAAACAAGGACGAUGGAGUAGGCGAAUUGGCAGGGACAACAACCACUUCGCCCUACCGCGACAUCAAUUUCGAGCUGUGGACACAAAAGUUUGUCGGUGCCUUCAGUAAUUUGGAUGCCCUGCUCCUGGACGCAUUCUUGCCGAACGAAACUUUUGCCAAGCGGGUCGAACUUUAUCCAAACAAGCUGCUCAAUCUGCAGGGACGCAGCCUGCUUGUUGGCUCCAUUACUUAUGUCCCAUAUACGAUUACUAAUUAUGUGCCCGCCGGCCAGGGCGACGUGGACCCCAUCCAUCCGGCGAAGGCCAACCGAUCGGUUAACUUUGACGGAGCCGAGGCCAAUGUGAUGAAGACCUUCUGCGAGGUGCACAACUGUCAUCUAAGAGUCGAGGCCUAUGGCGCUGACAACUGGGGCGGGAUUUACGACAACGAAUCGAGCGAUGGAAUGCUAGGGGACAUCUACGAGCAGCGUGUGGAGAUGGCCAUUGGCUGUAUCUACAAUUGGUACGAUGGAAUUACGGAGACCUCGCAUACCAUCGCUCGUUCAUCGGUGACUAUCCUGGGUCCAGGCCCAGAACCCCUACCCAGUUGGCGCACCAACAUCAUGCCAUUCAAUGACCUCACUUGGCUAAUGCUGAUCGCAACCUUUUCGAUUUGCGGGACCUUUCUAUAUUUUAUGAAAUACGUCAGUUAUCGUCUGGGGAUUUGUGGGAAUCAAAGGACAUUUCAUCAUGGUAGGAAGCUUGAAAAAUCCAUGCUGGACAUAUUUGAUCUUUUUAUACAACAGCCAUCUGCUACUCUAAGCUUUGAUCGAUUUGCCCCGAGAUUUUUCCUGGCUACUCUUUUAUGUGCUACAAUCACGUUGGAAAAUAUAUACAGUGGCCAGCUGAAGUCGAUGCUAACUUUUCCCUUCUUCUCUGCCCCGGUGGAUACGAUCGAGAAAUGGGCCCAGUCGCAGUGGAAGUGGGCAGCUCCCUCCAUUAUCUGGGUGCACACGGUUCAAAGCUCCGAUAUGGAAACGGAACAGAUUCUGGCCCAAAACUUCGAGGUGCACGAUUAUAGCUACUUAUAUAAUGCCAGCUUUGCACCCAACUAUGGAUUUGGAAUCGAACGACUCUCUUCGGGUUCGCUAUCCGUGGGCGACUAUGUGCCCACGGAGGCACUGGAAAACCGUAUUGUCUUACAUGACGAUUUAUAUUUUGAUUAUACGAGAGCUGUUUCGAUACGUGGUUGGAUCUUGAUGCCUGAGUUGAACAAGCACAUUCGGACUUGCCAAGAAACGGGCUUAUAUUACCACUGGGAGCUGGAGUUUAUUGAUAAAUAUAUGGACAAGAAAAAACAGGAAGUGCUUAUGGAUCUAGCCAAUGGGCUUAAGGUCAAGGGGGCUCCCCAGGCAUUGGAUGUGAACAACAUUGGCGGUGCUCUAUUCGUCCUGGCCUUUGGGUUCACCUUCGCUGCCUGUGCCCUGGUGACAGAGUGUCUAAUCCACAGAAUGGAAAAAGGCAAAUAA